AUGCGUGAGAUUCUCCACAUCCAGGGAGGCCAAUGCGGCAACCAGAUCGGCGCCAAGUUCUGGGAGGUCGUCUGCGCCGAGCACGGCAUCGACUCCACCGGUCGUUACCAAGGCGACAACGAGCUCCAGCUCGAGCGCGUCAAUGUCUACUACAAUGAAGCCAGUUGCGGGAGGUUCGUCCCACGCGCCGUCCUCAUGGAUCUGGAGCCAGGCACCAUGGACAGCGUCAGAUCUGGACCGUACGGCCAGAUAUUCCGGCCCGAUAACUUCGUGUUCGGGCAGUCCGGUGCCGGCAACAACUGGGCUAAGGGUCAUUACACCGAAGGCGCCGAGUUGAUUGACUCUGUUCUCGAUGUCGUUCGGAAGGAGGCUGAGAACUGCGACUGCUUGCAAGGUUUUCAGGUUUGCCACUCUCUCGGAGGAGGUACUGGUUCUGGAAUGGGAACGCUUCUCAUUUCCAAGAUACGAGAGGAAUACCCGGACCGAAUGAUGCUCACCUUCUCUGUGUUUCCAUCGCCAAAGGUGUCAGACACCGUCGUUGAGCCGUACAAUGCAACUCUCUCGGUUCACCAGCUUGUUGAAAACGCAGAUGAGUGUAUGGUUUUGGACAACGAGGCUCUCUAUGACAUUUGCUUCCGAACACUCAAGCUCACCACUCCCAGCUUUGGGGACCUCAAUCACCUGAUUUCUGCUACCAUGAGUGGUGUAACUUGUUGCCUUCGUUUCCCUGGUCAACUCAACUCGGAUCUCCGUAAGCUUGCUGUCAAUCUGAUUCCAUUCCCGCGGUUGCACUUCUUCAUGGUUGGGUUUGCUCCACUUACAUCCCGUGGAUCCCAGCAGUACAGGGCCCUUACUGUUCCAGAGCUCACUCAACAGAUGUGGGAUGCAAAGAACAUGAUGUGUGCUGCUGAUCCGCGUCAUGGACGGUAUUUGACUGCUUCAGCUAUGUUCCGUGGCAAGAUGAGCACCAAGGAAGUCGACGAACAGAUGAUCAAUGUGCAGAAUAAGAACUCAUCCUACUUUGUUGAGUGGAUCCCAAACAAUGUCAAGUCUACUGUUUGUGAUAUCCCACCUACUGGUCUGAAAAUGGCUUCGACCUUCAUCGGCAACUCCACUUCCAUCCAGGAAAUGUUCAGGAGGGUGAGUGAGCAGUUCACUGCCAUGUUCCGCAGAAAGGCUUUCUUGCAUUGGUACACAGGAGAGGGAAUGGACGAGAUGGAGUUCACCGAGGCGGAGAGCAACAUGAACGAUCUGGUUUCCGAGUACCAGCAGUACCAAGACGCUACAGCAGAUGAGGAAGGGUAUGACUAUGAAGAUGAAGAGGAAGUUCAGGAGGAGGCUUGA